GCGGGUAAAGAGAGGAAAAGUAAACGAAAGUCCAAGUCCCAUCUUCUUCCUGGAUUCUUUCUGGUAAUGGUGACCGCCUGACCGGUCUUCACCAACCAGCCAAUAACAGCUCUAGUCUAAAGCUUUCUUAUUUAAAACAAUUUAUUGAUCUCUCUCCUCUGAAACCCUAGCUUGAUUACCAUUCAUAUCCCUCAGCAAAGGCUCGCUACGCGAGGUAGAGAGAGAGAGAGAGAGAGAGAGAGAGAGCAGAAUGAAGAAGGGAAACUUAAUGCGUAACCUCAAGCUCACUCUCCCUCAUCCGGAUGAGGUGUCCUUGGCCAAUUUCCUGACUCAGAGCGGUACGUUUAUGGAUGGAGAUCUGCUCGUGAACAGGGACGGGGUUCGGAUCGUCUCUCAGACCGAAGUUGAAGCACCACCCCCCAUCCAGCCAGCAGACAACCAGUUGAGUUUAGCAGACAUAGACUCGAUUAAAGUUAUCGGAAAAGGAGCUGGCGGAAUUGUGCAAUUGGUGCAGCACAAAUGGACUGGCCAGUUUUUUGCAUUAAAGGCGGCGGCUAUGGUGUGUCUAGUGGUUGUGGGGGAUGAUAAAAUGAUGAUGGUGGUUGUGGCUGUAGACAGCAUUUAA